GAUUGACCUAGUCAAUACUAUACUAUACACCUGGAGAGAAUAAAUUUUGUCCCAUCUAGGUAGUUUGCUGUUGAUUGCGUAUAAAAUAUGGAAUAAAAUUUACAUGUAAUUUUUUUAACACUUUUUAAAUAUCCAUCAGCAAAUAACGAUGCUCAUUUUGUGGCUUUAAAGAGAGUCACAUAGAGAUAGAAAUAGAAAAACAGUGAGAGAGAGAGAAACAGAGACAGAGACUGAUAAACGACGUAAAAAUUAUCUCCUAUUCAGUUUUUUCUCCACAUUUUUCCUUUCUGAUAUUUGUCACUCCAUCAUUCUUCCUUCCUCUACGAAAACUAUCUAAUUCCUCCCAAGGUAAUUUAUAUAAAUUGUUGAAUUAAUAAUUACAAAUAAUUGGACAGGUAAAAAAAGGGGUAAAGAAUGAAAAGAGUAGGAAAUAAAUUCCAAAAAUACUAAUUUAUUAAUCUCUUUUUAUUAGGUUUAUAUUUUAUAACAAUUGUUAUUUUAUUACUAUAUUUUCUUUUUAAAAAAAAACAGAUUAAUUAAUAAAUUAAUAACUUAAGAGGAAGAACUAAAGGAGAAUGUCAAGCAAUAAGGGAACUGGAGGAGGAAUUGUUGGAUAUUUAAAAAGGAAAGUUUCCAGGGUUUCCGAUAAGGAAUCGGACAAGAAUAAAUUGGAGGAGAGCAGCGAGAAAGAUCCAAACGAAAGAGAGGAAUGGGGGCAUCCUGCCGAAUUUAUACUAUCUUGUUUGGGGUAUGCUGUCGGCUUGGGUAAUAUAUGGAGAUUUCCAUAUUUGUGUUACGAGAACGGAGGAGGAGCCUUCCUAAUACCUUACUUUAUAAUGUUGACGUUUGUGGGUAUUCCGGUAUUUUUUAUCGAAUUAUCCGUAGCCCAAUACUCAGGAGUAGGAGCGAUAGGAGUAUGGGCGGCAUCGCCCCUAUUUCAAGGUGUCGGUUUAGGUAUGUUGAUUAUAUCAUUUAUUGGAUUAACCUAUUAUAACGUCGUAAUUACUUGGUCGCUGCAUUAUUUAUUCGCAAGCUUCAAUUCGAAAUUACCUUGGGAUGGUUGCCAAAACGAUUUUAACACGAACAAUUGCUAUUCAAAAAAUGAAGCUAAAGAUUGCGAAAAUGAUAAAGGAUUAUGGAUAAAUAGAACAUGCUAUAAUAAAACUGUAAUAAAUUCUUACGACUAUACCUGCUGGAGAAAUUCUACAAAUACUACCGGAACUUAUACGUUUAAUACAACAUGUAAUAGUUUACAAGAAACUUACGAAGAUAAUCUAAAGUUUAUUACCUAUCCAAGUAAAGAAUAUUGGAGGAAUAAAGUUUUACGUAUAUCCGAUACAAUGUCUGAAACUGGGAACGUCCAAUGGGAUUUAUGUUUAGUUCUACUGCUUUCGUGGAUUAUUGUUUAUUUGUGUGUAAUAAGGGGAAUUAAAUCGUCAGGGAAGGUGGUGUAUUUUACCGCUACAUUUCCCUACGUUGUUUUGCUUAUUCUCUUCUUUCGAGCCGUUACAUUAGACGGUGCGGGUGACGGGAUUAAGUAUUACCUUUCACCACAAUGGGAAAAGUUAGCAACACCUAAAGUUUGGGCGGACGCCGCUGGACAGAUAUUCUUUUCUUUAAGCGUUGGAAUGGGAGGCCUAAUGACUUACGCAAGCUAUAAUAAGUUUAAUAAUAAUGUCUAUAGUUUUUUUGCUGGAUUUGUCGUCUUCCCAAGUCUUGGUUUCAUAGCUCGGGAAUUAAAUACAACUGUUGAAAAAGUUGCUGACGAUUCCGGUUCCGGUUUAGCUUUCGUUGUUUAUCCAGAAAUUCUAACACGAUUACCAAUUCCACAAUUUUGGGGUAUACUCUUCUUUGCCAUGCUAUUGACGCUCGGUCUUGACAGUCAGUUUGCGGGACUAGAAGCCGUUAUGACAGCAAUUGUAGAUGUAUUACCAAGACUCAGGAAAUUUAAAUAUAUAGUUGCUGGAAUUUUAUCGAUAGUAGUUUUCUUUAUAAGUUUGCCGAUGACGACAAACGCGGGAUUCUAUUGGGAAGAAUUAGUAAGUUAUUAUGGUGCCGGAUGGUCAUUAAUAUUAAUUGGUUUGUGUGAAGUUAUGAUAUUUGGUUGGAUCUACGGCGCUAAAAGACUAAUUGGAGAUAUUGAGGAGAUGUUGGGAACGAGGAUGCGAAAUCCUUAUUGGUGGAUUUGUUGGUAUGCCAUUACUCCACUUCUACUACUGGCAAUCUUAAUAGUCAAUUGUAUACAAUUUGAACCACUGGAGGUCGGAGAUUAUAAACUACCCGAUUGGGCGCAAGGCUUGGGUUGGUGUAUGGCAAUUGUAUCCGUCUUAGUCAUACCGAUUGUGGCAGUUUCGACAUUAUUUUUUACGUAUUAUUUUAAAGAUCCAAAAUUUCAAGAUUUAACAUUUAUAGGAAGAGUUAUAAAAUUAACAAAACCCUCUGAAGAUUGGAAAACGUCCAUUGAACGAUAUAAAAGAUCAAAGAGUGUAACUACUAUAGAUGAAUAUAAACUUGAGGAAAAACAAGAAAAUCGGAGAGAAAUAAGCGUAGAUAAAUCAAAAGAUGGUGGUAUAGGAAAUCCAGCUUUUAUCGGAUCACAAAUCUAA